CGCGGUUUUGCCCGGUCGUCGGGAUGGUGGUCAUUGCUGAUAUAGCAAAGAAAGAGAGAGGGUAACUGUGCCGCGAGUCAAAAGUAGGAAGGAGGAUGAGCGCAAGGCGGGUCGCUGUGGAUGAAAGAUUCAAGGACUCCGCUUUAAGACAGCGCGUUUUCUCCCCCUUCCGAAUUCUCAUCAGUAGGAUGAAGCCGCUGACGAGAAGGGACCCAGUCUGGCCCCUCCAUUACAAGGAAGGAUGUUCUUCGAGUGACAUUGACGGCCGAGAUGUCUGCGGUGCCGAAUGAUCAACAUCGGUGCGUACCUGCACGUAUCAACGUUGUGGCUGGAUGG